AUGGAAUCGGAGAACUUUAAUUUAACAAAUGUUCAUGGACACGUCACCGAUUCUGACAAUAGUGACGUAAAUGAUGACGCAAUUAGUUUUUCAGCACAACAUAAUGUAGAAGUAAAUACAAUUCAAUUGCACUCCACAGGGAUUAACAAUAACGAACCACUUGCAAAUGAAACCUUGUGCACAGUCGAUGAAGCAUCGAUUACCAGAUCAGAUGAAAAUAUUUCGCGUGAAAUCAGUGAACCUAGUCCGGUUUCGAUUCAAUCAGACCGUGGCAGAGAAACAAUGGCAACAAAUAAUGGCAGAAAUACAAACACACAAGCUUCGUCAGUUACGCUUGAGGCAUUAUAUAGUCUGAUGUCAAACGUGAGCGAGGAAUUAUCUGAUUUAAAGAUCAGUCACAACACAACGAACACAAAACUGGCGAACAUGCACAGACAUUUCGAUCAACGCUUAAAUAAACUCACCAAUGAAAUCGAUCAAAAGAUCGAAGACAAAGUCAUCAAAACCGUCAAUAGUGUAUACAAUGUAUUGGCAAAUGAUUUAGAAAAGAAAUUGUCAGAUCUUACAAACAAACAGGAACAGGAACUGUCAGAAAUAGUAGAAACACACAAUCAAACACAAACCGUACAAAAAGAAAUACAUGAAAACGUACAGGCUAUUCAAUUAAAUUUAACAAGAGUACAGUCCGCAUGUGAAGAAAUACCUGACCAAGUUAAUAAAGUUAACGAAGAAGUCGGUUUUCUGAAACAGGAGACUCGACGUAUCAACGCCGACAUUAUCAAAAUAAAUGAAACUUUAGAAAACGGUAAUGUAAAUGAAUCAAUAACUGACCGGGAAACAAAACUUUUUGAAAAAUUAGGUAAUGAAAUCAAAGUAGCCGAGGACAGAAUACGCAAGGAAAUUGCUGGUAGACUGAAUGUUUCAAAUGACUUGCCUACGUCAAGCAACAAGCAGCGCGACACUUAUUCGCCCGUGCCAGAUUACGAUGUAAAUAACGCAGAACAUCACGCGCCCUGUCCAGCUGGACAAAACCCACACAGUUGGCAUCCGUAUGCGACAAGGCCAAAUAAUGGAACCUGGAAUUACGGGAAUCGGAGGAAUUCGGCGCCACAGAGACGUGAAGACCGAAGGUAUAGUACAGAUUACGGUCCACGCCGGUAUGGAAAUGAUAGAAAUCACGUGAAUGAUUGGUCAGGCCCGCGUGAUGAAAGGCGGAACACAAAUGAAAAUUACAAUAGUUACUGUAAUAGGAAUGAUAGACCAAGGAGGAAUAGCGACGGCCGGUCGCAAGAAAAUGUUGCACGCAGCGGCCCGGAAACUAAUUGGCGACAGAAUAACCACUCAGUACACUUUGUAGAGGUAACGGACAGUACUGAAGCAAUGCCUUUGUCUCCCCCGGUAAACAACAAUCGGUCGUAA